CAAUGAAAUAAUGUUCCAUAAUAGUUUUUGGAGACAUAGGAAGAUCUCCAAGAAUGGUUAAUCAUGCUUUGGCAAUAGCUGAUAAUACAGAGUAUCGUAUUAAUUUCUAUGGGUAUUUGGAUAAUAAGCCAACUUAAGCAUUAAUGUCUAAUCCAAAUAUUAGAAUUGUGGAUCUAAAUCUUUGGAUAGUAAAUUAAUUAAAGAAAAUGCCAAGAUUCUUAUUUUUAUUGUAUGCAAUACUUAGAAUUGCAUUACAAUCAUUAUAUUUAUUCCUAUUACUAUUAUUUAGUAGGAAAUAGGAAUUUAUUUUGGUUUAGAAUCCUCCUUCAAUUCCAGUUUUACAUGUAGUUAGUUUAAUAAAGGGAAUACGUAGAUCAAAGAUCAUAAUUGAUUUUCACAAUUAUGGACAUACAAUAUUGGCAUUGUAGAUGAAAAACAAUUUUAUAUUAAAGAUGGCUAGAUCUUAUGAGCAUUAAUUUAGUAGAUCAUAUGAUUAUGCUUUAUGUGUAUCUUAAGCAAUGUAGAAGGAUUUAUAAUAGAAUUGGAGGAUAAAGUAUAAAUAAUAAUAGUAUAGAUGGAAGUGCUACAGUUGUAUAUGAUAAGGCAAACAUUAAUUUUAAUGUUAUAAAUAAGCCUAAAGAGAAACAUGAAUUAUUUAUGAAAUUAGAUUUCCAUUGGUAAUGGGAAGUAUUAAAUAGCAAUGAAACAUUAUUUACAGAAGAAUUGAAUAAUUAAUAAGUGAUAGAGAAAAUUAAUAGACCAGGAUUGAUAGUAAGUAGUACUUCAUGGACAAAGGAUGAAGAUUUUAAUAUUCUAGUUUAAGCAUUGUAAAAAUAUGAGGAUUUAGCAAGUAAGUUAGAAGAUUGAUUAUUUUAGAUAUUGAAUAAGGAAGGGAAUAUAGAAAAUUAUAUGUAGUUAUAACAGGUAAGGGACCAAUGAAAGAAGAAUUUAAAGAGAUAUUUUAGAAAUGUAAUAUUUGUUGGAAUCAUGUAAAAGUAAAUUUAGCUUGGUUAGACAUUGAUGAUUAUCCUAAAUUAUUAGGUUGUGCUGAUUUAGGAAUUUGUUUACAUUACUCUUCAUCUGGUCUAGAUUUACCAAUGAAAGUAGUGGAUAUGUUUGGAGCUGGCACACCUGUAUUUGCUAAAUCAUUUAAUGCGUAUAUAUAAUAUUUAUUAUUAAGUAUUUCUGAAUUAGUAUAACAUUAAAAGAAUGGUAUAUUAUUUGAUACUCCAGAUGAUUUAUUUGAUCAUUUAUCAUAGGCUUUUAGAUAUCAAUCUAAUAUACUAUAGAAAUUAAAGAAUGGAGUAGAAACAUUCAGAACUGAAACAUUUGAUUAAGAGUGGAGAACUAAAGUGUUACCUUAUAUAAGAAAUUUAAAAUGA